AUGAAAAUGAAGAUAGGAUUGAAUAGGGUUGGGUUGAGUUUUGGAUUGGGGUUGCUUUGGUUGGAGUUGUUGGUUGGUGUGAAGGGAGCGGAUGCUGGUGCAGGUGGAAGUUUUGGUCGGGUUUGGCCGAAUGGGGAGUUCAUGCAGAAAAUAACUCGGUUGUCUGCGGAGUUAGAUAGAAAUGAGUUAGAUAGAGAUAUGAGUGGAUUAGGUAGAGAUCUGGGUGGGCUGGCUAUGGGUAGAUUAGGUAGAGAUCCGAAUGGGUUGGAUAGAAAUGAGUUAGCUAUGGGUGGAUUGGGUAGAGAUAUGAGUGUAUUAAGUAGAGAUAUGAUUGAGUUGGCUAUGAGUGUAUUAGAUAGAGAUAUGAAUGAGUUGGGUAUGGGUGGAUUCGAUGGAAAUAUGAUUAAGUUGGCUAUGAGUGUAUUAGAUAGAGAUCCGAAUGAGUUGGGUAUGGGUGGAUUCGAUGGAAAUAUGAAUGGGCUAGCUAUGGGUGAAUUGGGUAGAGAUCCGAAUGUGUUCGAUUUAAGUGGGUUAAAUAUGAAUGAGUUAGGUUUAAGUGGAUUGGAUGGAUUAGGUAGAAAUAUGGGCGGAUUGGAUGGAUUGGAUAUGAGUGGAGAUAGAUGUGGAGAUGUGGGGUUGGGGGGUGUGGAUUUGGAUGAAGAUACGAGAUUACGGAGGAUGCUUGAACAUAUUGUUAGUCAAAUACUGGUGGUGCCUUCUUAUUUGCCGGAGAAGAAGUCGUGGAGUAACUCGAAUAAUUGGGUGAUAAAGAGGAGUCUGAAAGAGAGUAAGAAGUAUCACAUAAGCACUGGCGAUCCUAUGCUGCAGUUUAGAUGGGUGAGACUGUCUAGAAAAGACUUGGUGAAAUGGCAGAAAGCAUUACUGGAUAAUGUGUCGGAGGUUUGGGUGAAUAAGUUGCAUAUUUACUACUUGUUGCUUCAGGCCAAUGUGGAAGAGUAUGCUUUGUUAUUGGCUUUGAUAAAAGUGCUAAAUACUCGACGUCUUGUUCUUCAUGAUUGGCUUAAACAGGGGGAACUUAAGCAAGGAUUGAAUAUUGAUACACACUUGGCUAGGUUUAAGUUGGCUAUAAAUCAGGUUGGCCGGGCGGAUAAGCCUUGUCCUGGAAUGAAGCUCUGGGUUUACUUUAGGAAUGUCCUGCUGGUGGAACAUGGGAGAUUGUUGCGUGAGUUUAAACAGGUUCCUUCUGUGUUGUUUCAGUUGAUGUACUUUCAUCUGGAUGUAGUGGAAGCUCAGUUGGCUAGGUUUGAAAUGGAAACGUCGAUUUUUGGUGGAAGUAAGAUCAAGAUGGCCUUAUCGACAUUUUCUGUUUUGAUGGCGGAUGAAACUAUCACUAAGCAGUUUGUCACUUAUCUAAAUGAGAUCCCGGGAGCGAAUAUUUCUAUAAAGAUUAAUCUGCCGAGUGUGCUGGAUGGGGUUGGUCUAGAGCAGAUUGUGAAAUUGGUUCUACUAAACCCAAUGCUAACCCAAUGA